GCCCCACAUCGUGCUCUUGCAGUGUUCUCCCCGCAGGUGCUGCAUGGAGUGAGUGGCGGCAUCCACCGUGAGGAGGAGAGGAGCUCUGAUACCCUCAGGACCCGCCAGGAGGGGCAUCACGGAGGCUUCUCGACGACUUGGAGCUGUGUCCUGGGGAGAAAACCUCUCCUGUCUGGGCCCUGAGUGCUGAGGAGGAAGCUGCCAUGCACUUUUCCCUGGCAUUUUUCCUGCAUGGUUCGUCUGUGUUUUUGCAAAUGACAUGUUGUCAUGAAUUUUUAUGCAUGAGGCGUAUUUCAUCAUGUCUGUAUACUGAAGUCCCUUCAUCCUUUCAUUGGUUGGUGGACAGGAGAGAGAGGUCCAAGGUGCCCUAUAUCAUGCGCCAGUGCGUGGAGGAGAUCGAGCGCCGAGGCAUGGAGGAGGUGGGCAUCUACCGCGUGUCCGGUGUGGCCGCAGACAUCCAGGCACUGAAGGCAGCCUUCGACGUCAAUAACAAGGACGUGUCGGUGAUGAUGAGCGAGAUGGACGUGAACGCCAUCGCAGGCACGCUGAAGCUGUACUUCCGUGAGCUGCCCGAGCCCCUCUUCACUGACGAGUUCUACCCCAACUUCGCAGAGGGCAUCGCUCUUUCAGACCCAGUUGCAAAGAAGAGCUGCAUGCUUAACCUGCUGUCGUCCCUGCAGGAGGCCAACCUGCUCACCUUCCUUUUCCUUCUAGACCACCUGGAAAGGGUGGCAGAGAAGGAGGCAGUCAAUAAGAUGUCCCUGCACAACCUCGGCACGGUCUUUGGCCCCACGCUGCUCCGGCCCUCCGAGAAGGAGAGCAAGCUCCCUGCCAACUCCAGCCAGCCCAUCACCAUGACUGACAGCUGGUCCUUGGAGGUCAUGUCCCAGAUCCAGAUACCUAAUAAGAUGCUGGAAUGUAAUCCCUGGACAACCCGUGUCCUGGCAGCAUUUGGUCUUCCUCUAAGCGCCUGGCUCCGCUGUUCUCAGGAGUGGGUUCUGAAGUCUCUGGAGAACAGGAUACGUGGAGGGUUAGGAAGGGGCCAGGCCUAGAGACGGGAGACUCCCUCCCGGAGCAGGUGGAGGCACAGGACCAUUCACUACCCCAUCUGCCGACACCUGCGGGGGAGCCCAGGCAUUCUUUGUAAGCCCUCCUGACCACCUGGCUCAAAGAAAACAGAAGCAUGGAGGCCACCAAGUAUUUUCAAGAAAUAACCCCAUGAACAUGGCAUCACUUUUUUAGAAAGAGGGGCUUGGGGCAGGCAGAGGAGAGAAGGGAGAGCAAACUGAGAGCCAAGUUUCCAGACAGUCCUGCAGGAGGAGAGGAUGCAGCUGCGCAGAGGGAAGCAGGAUCACAUUUAAGGAAGUGUGUGGGGUCCCUGGAUGACACCAGCACCCAGUGCGGCUCUGUCUGGCAACCGCUCCCAAGGUGGGAGGAGUGGGUGUCCCCUGUGUGUCAGUGGGCAGCUCCUGCUGAACCCGCAGCUCACUAGGGAGCCUGACAGUGGGGCCAUGCGCCUGACACUCCUCUCUGCUUGUGGACCUGGCAAGGCAGGGAGCAGAAAACAGAGCCACUUGAAGGCUUUCUGUCUGCGUCUUUGUGCAGUGUGGAUUUAGUUGUGCUUUUUUCUUGCUGGGAGAGCACAGCCACCAUUUACAAGCAGUGUCACCCUCGUGGGUGGCGAGGACAGAACCGAAGCCUCUGCUCUCUGUACCUAUCUGGGCCCGGUGGGCUCCCCUGUCCUGGCUUCCAUCUCUGUCUCAGCGACCAUUCAGCCCUGUGCAGGAACACAUGUUGCUUAGAAAAGCCAAAUCCAGCCCUUGUCUCUGCCUCCUCUGGUCUCAUGAUAUGCAUCUGUUACCUUGAAACUGGAAACCAGUCUAUCAAUGUCUGUGCCAAUUUUUUAUUCCCUCCCCAACCUCCUUCCCCAUACGACUUUUUAUUUAUGUAGGAUGUGUGCUGUCUAAUGAUGGGAUGACCACACUUUUCCAUGUUCUAAAAGUGCUCCUCUCCCGCAGGGUCCCAGGGCCGGUGGUUGCUUUGGGUCUACAGCUACGUCUUACCCGCCUCCUGCCUCAAAAGCCUGUGUGGUGGCAAAGCCGGUGUGGGGCUGGGGAACGCAGCGUUCUCCAGGAGGGGGACCCGGCUCUCCUUCUGCAAUGCAGGCGAAGGCCUAGAUGCCAGGGUGACCUCCCACAAGGCAUGGCUUCCAGACUCCCCGACCAGAAGUGAUGCUUUUUUGCCUCGGGCCCUGGGUUUGAAGCAGCCUGGCUUUCUCUUGGUAAGUGGCUGGUGUCUUAGCAGCUGCAAUCUGAGCUCAGCCACCUACACACCACCGUGGCCGACACUUUCAUUAAAAAGUUUCCUGAGA